AUGCUUUGUUCUGGACUUAAAGAUGAAUACUACUACUGGGAAUUCAUAAAUAUAUUUAGAAAAAUCUUUUUGAUCAGAUUUUAACCAUAUUAAAACCCUCUGAUUAAUGAACUUGAAAAAAGAGAGAUGAUGUGCCUUUUUUUUGCUAAUAGAUUAAGAUUUCUAACAUUCCUAAAAAUAAAAGCCAUAAACAUUGAUGAAAAACUAUCAAAGGACUCGUCAAAGUCAUUGAAAGAAUUAAUGAUUCAGGAAAUUGUGAUGGAUCCGAAUUUUGGUAUAAUAACUAUUAUUUCUACUAAUAAUUACUAAGAUGAAUCUUCUUAAUCACGAGGAUAUGGUUCUUAAUAUAUAACUUUCAAGUCUAAAACCAAUAUGAAAAAGGGUAAUAGAAAAUCAGAGAUUUAGAAAAAUAUGAAUCUUGCAUUUAAAACUUUUAAAAAUAGUGAUACAAGUAGUACAAAAAGACUAUAUGAAAAAGACUUGAUAGAUAUUUUCUCUAAGACUAAAGAUAAAUCUAAAAUCAGUAAGAAAAUGCAAUAUGGUUAACAUAGAUAAGUUUAGCAAUAGAAAUCACUUUAAGAUGUAUAUCGAAAUUCAAAUCAUAACUUUGUAAUUAAAACAGGUUCUACUUCAAAUCAUUAAUUAAUAGCUACUGAAAAUUAAAUUUUAAAUGUUUCUCAGAAACUAAAGAUGGAAAAUAUGUUUAAAUCAAGAAGAAGUAAUUAGCUAAUUGAAACUAAGAAUGGAAAAGUUGUUAACUGA